GUAAGGUGGUAGGUGGCGACAGCGACCAACCAAAAUCCACUCUGUGCGCCCGAUUUUCACCUUUCAGUUUGGAAACUUUCAUCGAGGAAGGAUGCCGUUCGUUAAGGUCCUUAAGAACAAGGCGUACUUUAAGCGCUACCAGGUCAAGUACCGUCGUCGCCGUGAGGGCAAGACGGACUACCGCGCCCGUAAGCGUCUCAUCACGCAGGACAAGAACAAGUACAACUCGCCCAAGUACCGUCUUGUGGUGCGUAUCACCAACAAGCAGGUUAUCUGCCAGAUCGCGUACGCCGAGAUCGAUGGCGACAAGAUUCUGUGCCAGGCCUCGUCGGCUGAGCUGCCCCGUUACGGCCUGAAGGUGGGUCUUAAGAACUACGCCGCUGCCUACGCCACGGGUCUGCUUGUCGGCCGCCGUGUGCUGCAGAAGCUCGGCCUGGACGAGGACUACGAGGGCAACACGGAGGUUGACGGCGAGAUCGUCAAGACGGAGAGCAACGGCCGCACCUACUUCGUGGAGGAGGUCGCUGACGAGAAGCGCCCGUUCCGUUGCUACCUGGACUGCGGUCUGCGUACCACCACCACGGGUAACCGUGUGUUCGGUGCCCUUAAGGGUGCUGCUGACGCCGGUCUGGACAUCCCGCACAGCGAGAAGCGCUUCCCCGGCUACAGCCGUGACGACAAGAGCUACGACGCUGAGGUGCACCGCGACCGUAUCUUCGCUAUCCACAUUUCGGAGCACAUGAAGGAGCUCGAGGAGGACGACCCGGAGAUGCUUGCGUCGCACUACGCCGAGUACGUCAAGGCUGGCAUUGACCCCGAUGACCUUGAGGACCUGAUCACCAAGGUGCACGAGGCCAUCCGUGCCGACCCGUCCCCGGCCGCCAAGAAGGAGCACACCUUCGACAAGAAGUACAAGCGUGCUGCCAAGCGCUCGCGCCAGCAGCGCCAGGCUCGUGUGGCCCAGAAGAAGGCCCACGCCGCCUCCAAGCAGGAGUAAAUCUUGUUCUAGGGGAUUGUUCUAGCUACGUGUCAUGCAUGCAGCUU